AUGUUAGGAAAUCAAAAAUGUGUAUUUUUUAUGGUCUUGGUGUUGGUGGAAAGUGCUUUUGCACUACUGCCAGAAGAUUUAUAUAUCAGGACGUCGGCAAGAAGUCUUCAGGAAGAAUGUUCUUCCAGAUGCCCAGAUCUCGACUUGAAUCAGAACCGAACAGAUGACAUUAGUUCUGAAGUAGGUUGUGGCGUACGAUGCAAGAUAGAUCAGUGUACAAAGGGGUGUGCAGCCUGGCAACAAGCCCUCGAAACAAGUUGUCAAGCUGUUUGUAACGGAACUCAAGAGUUGCUACCACCCAAAGAACUCUACUGCGUUCUAGGAUGUCAUGACGCCUUAAAUCGAUACUUUCAUCAAUUAAAAGCUGAAAUAGGUGUACCAGUAGCACCUGCGCUAGUCGCAGAUUCAUUAACAGCAACAUCUCUCAGGCUUGAAUGGAAAGGAAUUGAUAUUGAAAGGCGUGGUGGUGGCAUUUCAUAUUUAGUACAAUGGAGAUACGAGGAAUUGGCUGAAACCUGGCAGUAUUGUAGAAAUCAAUCUUGGGGAGAAGACGAUCAAAUUUUAGUCGAUAAUUUACAGCCCUAUACGAAAUACAGAUUCCGAGUAGCUCUUCUUCUAAGAUCAACACAGCACAAUACAGAACCAAUUGUCUCAGCUCCAAGCGUUGUGAUAUUAACAAAACCUUCCGGUCUUCCAAAUUCUGCCCCGGUAAUUGUAAGGGCAGCAGCUGUAGACAGUUGUCGUGUGUCUGUUUCCUGGGAACCAGGUCCAUUUCCCAAUGGACCUCUUUUGUCCUAUGUUUUACGACUACAAGGGGCUGCCCACUCCCAGCUUAAGGACAUUCCAAUAUCCGAAAACACUGAUCACUACAUGUUUCAAAAUCUGGAACCUAAUAGAAACUACUCAGUGAGCGUGACGAUGAGGAAUGCAGAAGGGGAGGGCCCACCUGCUCUGAUUUACAUUUCCACAUCACCUGAACCUGCUGUAAAGGAUAUGCAACAGCCCAUCCUCAUUCUUGGGGGUGAGCACGCAGUAAUGAAACAGGGUUCCGACAUGCUGGAUGAACCAAGUAUAAUUUACGAGACUGAAAGCGUUAUCCGAGGAGUGGCCAUUCAUGUAGCUUCCGCUCAACUCUUCGUAUCAGAUUCAAUGGGCUACGUAUACCGCACCUCGAUUUUGACACCAUCUGAACCCGAAGUUGUGUUAAAUCCGAGCCAAGCCAAUUUUAAACCACUGAGCUUAUCAGUUGACUGGCUGAAUUUGCAUCUCUAUGUUCUGGGUGAAGUCAAACAUGCAACGACAGUUUGGCAAAUAGCCAGGUGCAGUUUGGAUGGUAAAGGACUGACGGUUGCGAUGGCUGGGUUUUUGACGAGACCUUCUCACAUUGAGGUUGAUCCCUACAAUGGAUACUUAUUCUGGGUCACACGAGGUGGCCUUUAUAGACUAGAUUUAGCUGAUAUCAGCAACGGAGUCAAACAUGAGGUGCAACCAUUCCUGAUUCUAGAAGAUGCAAAUUUAGGAGCGUUUACUGUAGACCAUACGAACUUCAGACUACUUGUGCCUCACCAUACUCAAAAUACAGUCAAAUCUGUAUCUCUCGAUGGAAAGGAAGUCAUUGAUCUUAGAGCAAAUACGCAGCAACCUAGAUUUAAGAGCGUGGUUUCUUUGGCCAUGGCGAAUGGCUUGUUUUAUUGGACCAAUGGGGAAGAUGUUCUGACUGAAGGUUAUCAUUCCGGACAGAAUAGAUACUUCCAUAAUGCUUUUCCGAGAUAUGUUAAAGCGUACAUCAGUGUUAAUAUUCUGAUGGAUGCGAGUCAGCCAGUUCCUGUUCCUGUGAAUCCUCCUACUGGUGUCCAAGCAGUUUUGGGAUCGGAAAGAGCAAAGGUGUCCUGGCAAGUUCCUCAUUUGUUAGGUGGUCAGGGAAAAGGUGCCUGGCAAAAUUGGACUUACGAAUUGGAAAUCAGGGAUGAUUCGACUGGGGAAACAAUUCGUCAGAAAGAUAUUUCUGGAUCGACUCACACUGUUUACGAAUUAGGAGAAAAAUCCGAUUAUUCAAUUAAAGCUGCUGCCUACACAAGUGCUGGGAGAGGACCCUGGUCUACGGAAUUUAAAGGACGAACUCUAAGGGAUGGACUUCAAGCUUCAAUCUUGUGGUCAGCAACAGAGGGAUUGUUAAGAAGUGACAUGACAGGGGAAAGUGUAGAUACCCUAGUUCAUAAAACAAAUUUGAAAGAACAUGAAAAUGAAUAUCACAUUGUGGAUCUAAGUUGGUACAAAGACAUAUUAUACUUGGUAGGAAAUAACUCUGCACUUUAUCAGUAUAAUUUGACGAGCCAUCACAAAUCCAAAUUGAGUAUCAAUUCCAUUGGUAGUAUUGCUGUCGACUGGAUAUCGAAAAAACUUUACUGGGCUAAUCCAAAACAACAGAUCAUAACCAGAUCGAAUUUGAAUGGAUCUCAACAAGAACCCUUGUCGAUUUUGGCUAUCGUUAAGGAACUAAUGAUAGACUCCUUGGAGGCCUAUUUAUAUUGGUCCACAGGUCAUGCUGUUGAAGUCUCGAGAUUGAAUGGUCAAGACAGAAGAUUUUACCACUCUGAUGAAAUCUUUAAUGGAAAACAGGUCAUGGGUUUGACCUUAGAUAUGGAAAAUCGAUACGUUUAUUGGAUUGUUAGAAGCUACGAAAGUGGAUCAAUCGUUUAUCGAUCCCCAACAUCUGAGAAAAUUCCAAUGAACCAGAAAAUUGUGCCAGAGAAGAUAUCGACACUUCAACAUCCGAAUAUUCAAGGACCUUUGUGCUACUUCUCUCAACAUUUAUUGUGGUUGCAAGAUAACAAGCAUGCAGUUAUUGGGGACCUAUCUGGACAAAAUACAGCAAUAAUUAAUGGAAUCACUUUGUCUGGUCUUUACAUGGUCUCGAUUCUGGAUUCAAGUCUUCAUCAGUAUCCAAAGUCCUUGACUUCGGAGACUAUAGUUGUUUUGCCAAAUGCAGUAGACCUCAAUAGUAUCAGAGUCGAAGGAUCUUGGAGGGACUUUAAGAUUUCCUGGGAUCCAGUCAUGAACACCAAUUAUGGAACUGUGUUUUAUGAAGUCAAAUUUGCGGACCAUAUCAACACAAAUUCAAAUUCAGAAAUAACGACAGAGACUGCUGUGCCUUACAAUAAUUCGGAAAAAAUACUGCCUUAUACUCUGCUCGAAGUCACGAUCAAAGCCUUCACUUAUUGGGAAACUGCUCAUCACACAAGAAAGAUUUUGAGGUCGCCUCAAAGUGUACCUAGUCAGCCUAUCAAUCCGAGAGCCUUUGUGGAAUUUCAAAAGGAUCCACUGAAUGAAAACGUGAACAUUGUUAUCAUUUUCAGAUGGGCUUUGCCUCAAUUUCCAAAUGGAUUAAUUCAAGGAUACACAGUUCAAUGUUGGUACAUAUCAAACGAGGCAGAGAUCCGUCUUUGCGAUUCGAUUAAUAUUCCAUCCACUAAGCUAGAACAUAUCCUGCCUGAUCUUUUGCCAAACAUGACCUACUAUUUUCAAGUCCAAGCUUACACAGAAGUUGGGGCAGGACCUUAUACAGACACAAUUAGCAUUUCCACUCAAGAGGAAAAUCCACUGCCUCAGUUAUUGAUCACGACUAUGGAUAUGGUACGAAUUUCUGAUUUGGAUCAACAGAUCAAUUACACCAUCAAUCGCCAUUCAGUCCGUGAGUUGGCUUACUUGGCAUCAGACAUGAAAAUAUUUUGGAUAAACGAUAUGCAGGAGUUGGUAACAUCCUUCCUGAAUGGAGAAAAUGCGUCAAGAAUUCUCCCUUUAAACAAUCCAGCUUAUAGCAUUUGUGUCGACUGGGUUUCGAGAAGUUUGUUUUGGACUGAGUCUUCUUAUAAGGAAUCUGGUGGCAGCUACAUCAUGAAGCUUGACUUGACAGCUUUGGAUGCUGGCAUUCUUAAAUAUAAGAAUAUAGUGACUAGAAGCAACCGAAUCAUCAAUUUGGAUAUUUCUCCUUUAAGAGGAACCUUGUGCUGGAUUGAGCUACACAGCAAACAUGAUCAAGGAGUCAUCAUGAAUUCGGAUUUAUUCGGAAGGAAUGUAAAACCCUUUUUCAAUCACAUGGAAGAUUGUUCUUGCCCAUAUCGACCACAAAUUAAGCCUGUUCUGACAAUUGACAACACAGGUUCACAAAGUCCUGGAAUCUUCUGGGUCUCAUUAGAAGGACACCUAAACUAUGCAGAUAUUGAUGGUUGUGCUUGCAAUCUGAUUGUAAGCUCUGACUCCAGUUUCCACAAAGGUUUGCCGCCAACCUCCCUAACUGCCGAUAAAAUGAACGUCUAUUGGUCAAAUACAGAUGACGACAAAAUUUAUUUCGUGAAUAAAAUGUACUUUGAGAAAAAUGAGAUAAAGGAAUUUCAUCUCGUGAAUGCAAGAAGCAUCAGAGCUAUCGGAAAAUCUCUUCAGCCAUAUCCUGACACUGAUUGCUUAACACCCUACCAAACGGUUUACAACGUUCAGGAAGUUUCCAAAACAACAAAUAGUCUCACAGUCAAAAUGCCUCUUCCGAUUCCUAAUGAAGGUUGUGAAAGCUACAAUUUACCCUCAACUCUAUACACAGUUUACGUUUCUCAGUGCUUAGAAGAUGAUCCCAACAAAUGCGGAAGCGACGACCGGAUAAAGUUAGAGACCUACCAAUCAGAACUUGAAGUACCAGACCUCAAACCUUUCACAGAAUACAAAUUUAAAUUGGCUCUGAGCAAUUUUUAUAGUGAUGCAGAAUCUUUGAGUCUAGAAUUUAGUUCUGGUGUCAUUUUGAGAACAGGAACAGGUACUCCAACCGAGCCACGAAACGUGACUGUUAAACCAUUGACACCAACCACAGCUGGUGUUUUUUGGAUACCUCCGGAAAAACUGAAUGCAGCAGAAGUUCAGUACGAAAUUCACUGGACAGCUGUGACACCCGUGAAUGGUGUGAGACCAAAAGAUGAGAAGAUCAUCAAUACAGAAAGACUGAAGGGAGGAACAUAUUACGCAAUGUUGCAUCCAUUGUUACCUGGUCAGGACUACAGAGUUCAUGUUCGAGCCUAUCCUCCUCAUUUUAAUGAGAGCUAUAGUGAGAGUUCUGAUCAAGUUCUCACAAUGUAUCCUGAACCGAACAACCUAACUUGCGUCUAUUUCGUGAACACUCUUACUGUAUCUUGGACUCCAACUAUAAAUCUGACCAUCAACUAUUCUCUGGAAUUUACAACCAUGGGUUUGGAAAAAUGGCAGGUUGUUGGUAAUCCCAAGUUUGUGGAAGACAAGCUGGAGUAUCAUGUCAAAGGCUUGCAACCCAAAACUUUGUACCAAUUUCGACUGAGGAUUAGGUAUCCUGAUUAUGAUGACGACUUCCUUUGGCCUAAUGAUGCUCGAUUUACUUUUCAAACACUUGGUGAUGUUCCAAGUGCACCAGGAAUACCGAGUGUGACAAGACUUCGAAAAGCGGUUUACCAAAUCAAUUGGGAACCAGCUAAAGCUCAUGGAUCUCCAAUUGCAUUGUACAUUCUCGAAGGAAAGAAAGUGGAGGGAAAAAAUCAUAACAGGACUAACGAAUGGAAGGUUUAUUAUAAUGGAUCUGAUAAUUAUUGGAUAAUUACUGGAGACAUGGAUGAGAAAUACCACUUUCGAGUGAAGGCUAAAAAUUCUUAUGGAUUUGGUACCUGGAGCAAAUUAAGUGCGAUAAUUGAUUUGACGGAUACAAUUGGAGGGAUGUUGGCCACACAACCACCGAUUGGAUUAGUUUUGGUUUUGAGUUUUGCUCUUGUCGUGAGCAUCAUGAUAUUCUGCUUCUGCUACAUGCUUUGCAGAAGCUACAGACAGCGUAAGGAUGAUAAGAAGGCUGUUAUGCCUCCAGUUGUCUCCGAUCUGGAAUUGGCUACCCUAAGAGAAAUUCCUCGAGGGAAUUUCGUACAGGCAAAUGCAUUGUAUGCCCCUGCUGUUGAAAGUGAUCCUGAUGAUGCGAUGCUGCCUAAAAUAAGAAGAGACCAAAUUACUUUAGCCAAAUUUUUGGGAAGUGGAGCUUUUGGAGAGGUGUUUCAAGGAAAUGCGAAAGACCUCAGUGGACCAGGAAUCACACCUGUAGCGAUCAAGACUCUCCGAAAGGGAGCGUCAGCUCAAGAAAAGACUGAAUUUAUUCAAGAAGCGAGACUAAUGAGUCACUUCCGACAUAAGCAUGUCCUUCGACUUUUAGGUGUUUGUCUAGAUACGGACCCACCCUUGUUGGUUCUGGAAUUAAUGGAAGCUGGAGACUUGCUAAGUUAUUUAAGAGCAAGUCGAGCUUUGCAACCCUCAGAUCCUAACGCCCUUCAUCUUCAGGAUCUGCUAUCAAUGAUUGAAGAUGUAGCAAGAGGAUGUCGUUACCUGGAAGAACUUCACUUUGUCCAUCGCGAUUUGGCUUGCAGAAAUUGUUUGGUCUCAGCCAAAAAUCGUGAACACCGGGUCGUGAAGAUUGGCGAUUUUGGUCUCGCUCGAGAUAUUUAUAAAAAUGACUACUAUCGCAAGGAAGGCGAAGGACUAUUGCCAGUUCGCUGGAUGGCCCCAGAAUCAUUGGUAGAUGGAGUUUUUACAUCUCAGAGCGAUGUCUGGGCAUUUGGUGUCCUGAUGUGGGAAAUAACAUCAUUAGGACAACAGCCCUAUCCAGCCAGGACAAAUCUUGAAGUUUUGCAUCAUGUGAGAGCUGGUGGAAGAUUGCCAAAACCACUUAAUUGUCCAAAUAAUCUGCAUCAAUUAAUGUUAAGUUGUUGGAGUUCAGCAGAUAAUAGACCAAGUUUUAAGGCUUGUCUUGAACAGAUCAUCGUUUUGAGAAACACGACUGAAGACAGGAUAUUGAAUCAAGUCAACCCUGGCCAUUACUUGGCGAGGCGAGGCGUCUUUAACAUGGCUUACUUUGCUGAAGAAAAUCGAUAUUAUAACACAGGCAAUUCUUGCAAAUCGAGUAGCUCGGAAGGAAGUCGAGACUUGCAACCUUCCACACAAGAAAGCCCAUCCCCAACACCAGUACAAAAUUGCGAUAUGCCCAAAUAUUUAGAAUUAUUAUCAGACGGCGAGGAAUCAUCAAUCGCCCCGGAAAGUCUCACAAGUGGCUACGAAGUUCCAAAAUCUGCCGUUACAACCGAGAGAAAAGAUUCAAGUCAAACCGAAGUUUCCGACCUGGAGGAAACCGAAACACCCAUCCUCGAGGAACAAAAUGUGGAAACUAAAAUUCCAAAUCAAGACUUCGAAACGAAACCUCGCCAGAAAAAACUCUCCGUAACUAGUUUAAAUCUUCCAGAACGCAGAAGGGCUUCCAUUACAAGCGUAGAGGAAAAAUCCAGGUCUUUGGACAACCAAAAAUUAAGAAAUAUCUCCGUGAAAGUUUCUGGGAAUGGCAGAGGAUCCUUAACUUUUCUCAGUGACUUUCGUAAGCAAAGAAGAAGAGCCGAAAGAGGGUCGGUGAAGGGUUCAGGGACAAGUUUAGAGGCAAAAAGCAGUUCAUUAGGUUCCGAUAUGAGUCUGGCACCUCCAACUAGGCCGAGCUCUUCCUUAAUUAAUUCACAAAGUUCCCUUCCUGUGAAAAAUCCAAGUCAAGAAAAUUUGACGAGUGAUACAAACUUGAGAACUCCCGUUUUAACAAAACUGCAAAGACAUCCGUCUAGUUUGCAAAAAGCGAAAAUCCCAUUAGUAAUAAACAACGCUUUGUUAAAUUUACUUCAGCAAACACCCGGAGAAGAAAUACGAAUAUAAUUAUGGAUUCUGUUAGAGUAAAUGGAUUCUAGAAUUCUGGAAUCAAAGACUCUUUGACAAUAGUAAUUACGAAUUGGGGGCGUUCCAAUAUCAGGGUGUCUACUCA